AGGUCACUUUACUCUGUGCUUUACACUUUACUCUUUACAAAGUACUGUACUCUGGUGUCUGAAGCUUAAUAUUUCUCACAGAGAUUCUGACUAUUACUCGUUCUGCUCCUUCUAUUUCUCCACAGUUUAAUAGGCUCUUUCUCCAUAGUCUAUUCAGCGUCUGUAGAGUCUGCUACAAAAAAAAAUGAGCACCCCAGAAGAUGUUCGGAGAAAAGAUCUGACGAUGAUUCAUGGCUAUCCCAUGGUCUAUGCUUUUGCACUCAAUUGGGAAAGGAUUGAGGAGUUCCAGAGCAAACCAGAUGACCUUGUGAUAACUACUUACCCAAAAUCAGGUACUACUUGGCUUAGUGAAAUUGUAGACAUGGUUCUAAAUGAUGGAAAUGUUGAAAAAUGUAAGCGAGAUGUUAUUACUUCUAAGGUUCCAAUGUUGGAACUGAGUGUCCCUGGACAAAGUAUAUCAGGCGUUGAACUCUUAAAAACGACUCCAUCACCUCGGAUUAUAAAGACACAUCUACCAAUUGAUCUACUCCCAAAAUCCUUCUGGGAGAACAACUGCAAGAUGAUUUAUAUGGCUCGAAAUGCCAAAGAUGUUUCUGUUUCCUAUUAUCAUUUUGAUUUAAUGAAUAACUUACACCCUCUUCCUGGCACCUGGAAAGAGUAUCUGCAGAAAUUCCUAGCUGGAAAUGUGCCCUAUGGUUCAUGGUUCAAUCAUGUUAAGACUUGGUGGGAAAAGAAGAAAGGGUAUCCAUUACUGUUUUUGUAUUACGAAGAUAUGAAACAGAACCCAAAGGAAGAAAUAAAGAAGAUCGCCAGCUUCCUAGGCAAGACUCUGGAUGAAGAGAUCUUGGACAGGAUUAUCCACCACACCUCUUUUGAAAUGAUGAAGGACAACCCCCUGGUCAAUUACACCCAUCUGUCCACAGCCGUGAUGGAUCACAGCAAGUCUCCUUUCAUGAGAAAAGGUGUUGUUGGUGACUGGAAAAAUUACUUCACUGUGGCCCAAAAUGAAGAAUUUGAUGCCAUCUUUAAGAAGGAAAUGUCUGACACAUCACUUAAGUUCUGCACAGACAUUUAGAGUGUUUAAACUGCAACUUGAAUAUAUGAUUUUUUGAAAUAGUAGCUUGACUGGAAAGUCAAAUGGGAUGGUGAAGGGGAAAUAAAUGUGCCUUCAAAACACUGAUGAAAUAUGUCCUACACAUUGCUCAGCAAGUAAUAUUCCAAAUUAUCUAGAGCCAAGGUCCUUUAUCAUCUUAUUUUAGAGGACACUUGCAUAGAUUGCUAGGUGACUACUGAAUUGAUAAAGAAUAGUUUGGUGAUUCUUGAAGAAAAUUCUCAGGCUGAGUUUAUGAUAACACGGAUUGUAACCUGUUCUGUGGCAUGGAGCUUGCAUUCAUGUUCUUGAGAACCAUAUUUCAAAGAAGACUGUACUUUCCCACUCAGUCUCCCAUGUAGCAGUAUUUGGAGUUGUGUUCCUUUGCUGUUGGAACAGUCUGCAUGCUUGCACACGGACUGCAUUAUCUUCACUUGUCCUGGUUUCCAUUUCCUGAGUAUCUGACGUGGGCACUGUCCUCCCAGGUUUUCCUACUGUUGUGAGUCAGCACUCAUCCUUUGUCACGAUUCUUCUUGCAUAGCAUAGUUCAUGUCCCAGGUCUAGAAGCUGAGGUUUUGGAAAUAUUCUCUGUAUUUUAAGAAUUACUUUAUUUUGUUUAGAACUCUCCCCUUGAAAUGGGAGCUUAUCUCUCAGAUCCUAUGCAGGGGCUACAAUCAACCCGGCCUCAUGGAGGGUCUUCUCAACUGAUUGUUUUGAAUGUCUCAGAAGCAUCUGUUGUGUGCUAAUCAGUUUACUUGGGCCCGAGUGUAUAAGGAUUCAACCAUAGAGCUUUCAUUUCACAAGAUGAAAUUAUCACUGCAACUGAAAUCUAUCCAACCUAGCGUCCAAGGGAGAGUUUCUAGACUGAGAACCACAUCUCCUCUAUCCAGAGAGAGGAAAGGGAUACAGAGAAGGGCCACAUGGAUAGAUGUUUCCAUAAACUAUUUGUUUCUCAUUCCAGAUUUGUCUUGGACAUGGUUAUGCAUGACUUCUUGUGUGAAAAUGUUCUCUGCCUGUUGAUCACAUCAACCUGUCAAAUUGCAUGCAAACCUGUCUGCAAACUAAAGCUGGUUGAUGCAUUCAGGAUUUCUCUGUUACCUAUUCAAGGGAUGGAGGUCCCAUUUACAUUGUAGACACAAUCUCAACCACAGUCGAGAUGAGAAGGGUUGAAAUAUUUGUGCUUUUACACACAACCUCAGUCGAGAUGAGAAGCGGUUGAAGUAUUCAUAUUUUUACAAGUGAGUCUUAGCUACAACAGGUCCCUGAUCAAGCCCAGCAAAGAAAGUUUUCCAGUGUAAGUGUAAUUCCCUAGAAAACACAUCUCUGGUUUAGGGAGAUAGCUGUUUCAUAGAAGUUAUGAAACGUGUGUACUAAUGCUUAGAAAUACCUUGUAGAAGUUAAUUUAGAAUAUUUGGAGGAAAUAAAAAAUAAUUCCACUUUCUAGGUUACUCUUCUGAAGAAAAAAUAUUAAGCUCAGACAGGCAUAUAGAGCAUCAAGUUACUUAAAAACAAUAAACAUCAAACUAUGUGUUAUAAUGCAUUGCCUGAAGUACUAGUUCAAUGAGAUAAUUUCUACUUUCCUUUUUGGGAAUUAAUUAUUUUAUUAAACUCUUUUCAACAAUGAUAGCUUUGUAAGCUUGAACUAUUUGGGGGCUAUUUUAAGUAUAGAAUGAAAAAAGUAAAAUGUAGACUUUACUUUUCAAUGAUCUUUGUAUCUUUUUCUAGCAUCUAAAACACUGCCACUAAGUUAAUUUACAAUGCUUUUGUUUUGUGUUGUUUUACUAAUUUCCACAAAAGUUCUAUUCUAUUUUUUUCAACUGAAUUUCUAUAAUGUAAAAACAGUGAUAGAAAGUAACAAUGGAAAGUUUCAUUAAGCACUUCAUGAGCUGUUUAUUUUUAAAAGUUCAUCACAACUAGAUGAGCCUUGCCUGAGUAGACUUUCAAAGGGUCUGCUAGCUGUCCCCUUUCUCCCAGCCUUGCUGUGAUGAGAUCUGUUUCUGACUUGUCUCUGUCCCUCACCCUACCUGAUAAAGUUUCAUACUUUGAAGGUUUUGAAGGCUGAGUAUUAUGUCAUAUAAUUGUCAACAUGAUUGUUGGACUAACCUAGAUCUGUGUUCUUGGGCAAUAGUCAUAUCUCUCUUUCUUUUUAAGGUGGGGACUAUGUUGUUUUUUUUUUCAUUUUGAAACAAAUGUAUCUAUAACAAAUAGCCACAUCUCUUGUGAAACCCAACCUUUCCUCAUUGGUUUACAAAAGGAAAUAAUUUCAUAAUUACUAUGAAAUUAGAUAAUAGAAUAUAUUUUAAUUUGAAAUUAAGACAUACAAUAAAUCUUUUAAUGAUUUA